AUGAAUCCCGCUCCACACGCACCAAACUAUCCCAUAGCGUCUCUGUACGUUGGUGAUCUAGCAACAGAUGUCACCGAAGCUAUGCUGUUCGAGAAGUUCAGCACUGUUGGGGCUGUGUUGUCCAUCAGAGUUUGCCGCGAUAUAGUCACUCGUCGUUCGCUGGGCUAUGCUUACGUGAACUUUCAACAACCCGCUGCCGGUAAGGAAUUUACGAAGCUUCGUUAGCUUUUUAAAAUGUGAUUUCAGGUCUUAGCUUGAACAAUAUGUAUCUUAAUUCGUUUCUUUCUCGGUUUUAAAAUUCCUUAUAGCGGAAAGAGCGCUGGACACGAUGAAUUUUGACCCGAUCAAAGGAAGACCAUGUCGUAUUAUGUGGUCGCAGAGGGACCCUUCUCUUCGCAAAUCUGGCGUGGGUAACAUUUUUAUCAAGAAUCUAGACAAAAGUAUUGACAACAAAGCCCUGUACGAUACCUUCAGUGCCUUCGGAAACAUCCUCUCUUGUAAGAUUGCUCAAGCAGAGGAUGGCAACUCGAAAGGAUAUGGUUUCGUUCACUUCGACACUGAGGAAGCGGCCGAAGAUGCUAUUGCUAAAGUCAACGGCAUGUUGUUGAAUGACAAAAAAGUGUAAGUCGAAAUUUUUUUCCUUUACUUAGAGAAAAUCCGAAUCACAAGGAUUUUUUGUGUUUUUACUCCUCGAGUUUCAUUUUCAGUGGCAGAUCAUGAAAUAUUCGGUAUUGGUAUUAAACGUUCUUAUCAUGAAUGACCCGUGACGCAUGGUUUUCACCUCUCAGGGUUUUAUCAUGUCCGAGAUUUUUUUAUCCUGGUAAAAAAUGCUCGCAUAUUUUGGCGUACAGUAAUUGCGAAAUCUGGAAACACGGCUUCGAUAAAGUUUGUUUAGGUCUCGACUUUAGUUUGGAUGUGGUUUCUCUCUCUUUGUUUGGAUUGGUGUUUUCGAUAAGAAUUCUUUACAUUUUCAAGAUCAAAUGGUGUUGUUAGUGCGUAAAAUUUCUUUUGUGUACCAAUUAUUGCAACACGUAGCAAAUUGAUCUCCGACAUCUCUUCAGCAAUCCUUCUUAGUCAGACUGCCUUUAGGUAUACAGGGUUUUUUUUACCAGUAACACCAGCUUAGCCUACUGUUUAAUUCUACAGGUGGGCGGUUUUAGUGAACCAAUGUGUACAGUAAUAUCAACAUCAUCCACUCUCGUGACCUGCCCGCUGAAACUUCUUUUUUUUCUAAGUUAUCUUUGAGGAUUUAGUUUUCCCUGCAUGAUGUUGAUGAUGCAAAGUUGUUUCGAUGCAAGUUGUUGCGUAGACUUUCAAAAAAGUCCUUUGUCGGAUUUAAUAUGGCGCAGGAUAAAGGACUUUUCAUACUUUAUUGGUGCCAGUUUUAGCGACCCAAAAACGGGUCGCUGCACUUAUACCAAUCAAAGUAGCUCGUUGGGACCCUUGGGGUUAAAGUUGUCACACACAAAUAAUUAAGCACAUUAAAACGUGACUUGUCCAUUGCGAAAGCAGAUGCUCUUGUGGCGACAGACAGAGGGAACAAUCAAAGCAUAAUACGUUCAUAAUGUGUCUGCUUUAACCAGACCUGGGGGAAGUUUGACUUUUGAGCUGGCUUUAUUACUUUUGACAGUUUUGGCGAGGAUGGCAAUGCCAUUGUCCUGGUGAUUGUUCUACUGACUGCUCAAAGAUCAGGUCUAAAACAGCUAGAGGAUAUUUUGAAAUCUAAAGAGAAACUAGAGCUACUCGCUUCGUCAUGAAAAUUCCCGAAAUCUACUUGUGUUGUUGCAGCGCUGUAUAACAGGCACGCGAUCAAAAUGUCGGUCGAUUAGGAAGAACAUCACGUGCUGCAAACAGGGCUCUUUCAAUUCCUUGCUGUGAUUUUUGUUUUACUCACCGGUAUCAAGAUCUGAAGGGUGCAUUUCCGUUUCAUUGACUUGAAAUCUUUGUCUGUGACAACUUUAACACAAAGUAGCAUUUCACGUACUUGGCUUGAAGAACAAGGAGUAUUCAACCCAAAUGUUUUUCAUAAUCCAAACAAUGUUCUUACAACUUGAAUUACAAAGUGAUCAUCAAGGGUCUUGCCAGCAGAUUUGUUUUCAUGUUCAUAGUCAACAAAAUAAAUGUAAGUUGUAUUUUAUAAACGACCUACAGAAGACUCUAGACCAAAGAUAAAGACCAAGACUGUUUCAAAUCAUUAACAGUGAGACUUGUCUCACUCUACUGUCUUACAAUAUUAUUUAGAUGCUGACAGAACAAAAGAGAUGCUUUUUUUACGUCUUUGUUUUGAUCUUAGGGAAACAAACAUUGAUUGUGCAGAAUUGUUUCAUUGUGCUGAAUCACUGCAACUUCGAGAAGAACAGAACCAAGUAUUAUUGGUAGACUACUCCAUUGUAGGCAGUCUGUGAGUAAAAAGCCCCUUUAAUUCAUGCUCCUAUUUUCUAUUUUCAUCUGCUUUUAGCUAUGCCACCAAGUGGAUGUCCCGCAGAGAACGUCAAGAGAAGCUUGGAAACCAAAUAAAAAAGUUUACCAACGUGUAUGUCAAGAACUUUGGUGAAGACAUGGAUGAAGCUAGGUUUAAAGAGCUUGUGGACAACUUGGGAAAAGUUCUGAGUUUGAAGGUGGUAACAAGUGAUGGUGGGCGUUCAAAAGGGUUUGGAUUUGUUUCUUUUGAGACUCCCGAAGAAGCUCAAAAGGUAAUGAGUGUCAGGGUUCUCAUCUAGUUUUUAAGUAGACAGCUAGGAUGUAAAAGUAGGUGUCUUGGUAAUCAAGUGGUGUAGGCAAGCUGAGGCUUUCACUCCCUCACUUAACCCAUUUCUCCCAAAAGAGGGUCAGACCUCGAAGCAGCCAGUUUGUUAUCCGGUUGCAGGCACUUAACGAGAACUCUGCACUGUGCUGAUGUGUCACAACUUGCACCUACUUACUACUUAAAAACUGUUAAACAGACAAAUAUCCUGUCAAAGCUUCCUAAAUACGGACUAAUCGAAAAAAGAGUAUCGACUUACUUUUGAACAGUACAUUACUCUAUCCUGCUCGCCUUGCUUGUGAUACUGAUGGAGAAAUUUUGGUCAUUCCAUUUUUAUGACUUUUUUGAUAAUUAAGAUGGUGGUUAAGAAUGCAUGCAAAGACUUUUAAAGUUCAGUCAAACCUCCACCAAUGGCCACCUCACCACAAGGUCCCUUUUUUUUGACCCAGUAGAUGUAUUCUUGGUUUGCAAACACGUGACAUGGCAGCCAUGUUGGGGGUCAAUACAAAAGAAUUUUUUCUCUAAGAAUUUACAUGAAAAUAGAGUUUAGUUCCCAGAGGAGAGAAAUGCUUUUGUUCUUGACCACCAACAUGGCCGCCGUGACGUCACGUGCAAACCAGCAAUUCGCCCUUGUGCUUAUAGGGAGCUUUAGCAAUGGUGAUGGAGAUGACUAUGAGAACAGCAAAAAAGCAAUGUUUCAUUAGCAAAUAGAAAACUUUGGAUGCGCAUCACACUUUUUUGUACAUUUCUUUGUCAUCACUGCAUAACCACGACGUGAAAGUGCCUAGUUUCACAUUUUAUGGAGGACUUAAAAAAGUGAAGAUAAAUUUUUCUUUCUCUUUCUUGUCUUGAGUGCAGUCCCCAAGAAAUCAACUCCAGGGAAAUUUGCCUACUUUUGACAUUAUCAGUGAAUUGCAAUAAAUGUGGCAAGGUUGGAAAAGCUCCCUUAUGUCUUAACAACAGCCACCUUCCAGCAAUGAUCUGUUAGGUCUGUUCCUUAGGUGACCCUUGUUUGGAGGCUUGAUUGCAGAGCUUAACUUUUUAGGGGGAGGGAUGCAGGUGGGAGGGAUAAUUUUUAUUAUGGUAAUUUGCAUGUUGUAAAACACUAUAUGAAUUGCAUGUUUAUUUUGGUAAAUUCAAAGGCUGUUGACGAGCUUACUGGAAAGGAAUGGAACGGUCAAAAGCUGUAUGCUGCCAGGGCUCAGAAGAAAGCUGAGAGGCAAAUGGACCUGAAGCAACAGUUUGAGAAGAGGAAGAUUGAGCGUAUCAACCGUUACCAAGGUGUAAACUUGUAUGUCAAGAACCUGGAUGAUACUGUUGAUGAUGCGUAUCUGCGUGAGCAGUUCAGUCAAUAUGGGACCAUCACUAGUGCUAAAGUCAUGAUGGAUGACAAGGAGAAUUCUAAAGGUAGUGUACUGGCUGUUUGAAUUUUAAAACCAGUCUUAUCCUGGGCAGUGAUAAACUUGAUAAGUUCACUAGACAAAGAACUUGUACUCUCCUUCACAGCCGUUUUUAGGCUCAUCACGCAACACUCCUCCUCGUUACGAGCCUAAAAAUGGCUGCAAAGGAGACUAAAGAACUUGAAGCUUGAUGGAUUGUGGCAGGGCUCGAAAAAAGUCCCAUCUGUUAGUCCGAAACAAGUAGAUUUUCUUGUUUGGCAAGUAACUUAAAGCUUUCUUGUCCAAUGGUCAAUAGUCCAAGCAAAUCAUCCUCUAACAAAAUCAUUAAGAUGUGAAAGAAGUGGUUCCAGGCAAGCAAAAUGUGAGAGCUGCUUGCCCAUAGGACAAGUUGGAAUUACAUGUUUUUAGGAGCACUGUCGUGAGUACUUCAGAUUUCAAAAUAUACUCUAACCCUUACGACUUAUUGCAUGUUGCUUCAAUAUCCUGAGAUUGAUGCAUGCAUCAUGUACAUGCUUCUUUUGUGUUCAGCUCUAACAUUGGUACAAUUCACCGCAGAGCUUUUUUGCUGAUGGCAGUUGUGUGUAACAAAAAAUAUUGUCCGUGGAUUACAUCGUCUAUUUUAGACUUCCUUUAGUCCUGUAAAUGACAAUUUCCAUGCAAUGACAAGGCUGUGCUCUAAGGAAAAUUUCAGGGAGCCCUUUGGGCUUCCAAGCAUUUUAUUUAAGUCGCCCAGACCUCAAAGUUGGUCGCCCGAAUAAAAAUUUCGGGGAGCCCUUGAGCUCCCAAGCAUUCCAGCUGGGGUGCCCAGGCCUCUCAAGUUGGUCACCCGAGUACAUCUGAUGAGGAAGUAUUUUGAACAAACGGGAAUCUUACUCGUCUGCUGAUCACCAAACUCGGUAAUUUUAGCUUUUGGGUUCGACAAAAACCCGCUUGUUGUCUUAUGAAACCCAUCAAAGUUUUCGUGCCAUUCAGAUUUAAAACCAGAAACGUGAGCAAUGCCGCCGAAUUGUUUAGGUUUUAAAGAGAGAAAAGUAAAAAAUUUCAGCAGGUUUACGUAAACUUCAUUAAGAUCUUUGGGUCAAACAUAGAAAAACUGUGCUUUUUACCAGUAAUACUAAACUUGAAAAUAAAUUUUCAAAAGGUGAAUCAAUGCGGCAUGAAAUAUAAUGUGACGGAGUUUUAUACGAGGUUGAUCGAACUCAAGUUCCCGUGAAAAAUACCGUGAAACAGUGAAACCGCCACGGCCCCAAACCUAUUGUUUUAAUAAAAAAUAAGUCAUAUUUAAUUUUCUUUUCUAUAUUAUGACUGAAUCUUUUAGGAUAAUUGAGCUUUUCGUGGAUACGGUCGAAGCGUAAACCAGCUCUUCUUUCUGUCUUUUUAUUUCAUUUUUUUGGCCGCUAAAUUUAUCCUGCAUGCGAAUUUAGUUUUUGAUACGUAAAAUGCCAAGACAACGUGGAACUACCCUGUUUCUAAAACAGCAAUAAAAACGAUCAGAACGAUCAUAUCUUUUCUUUUUGUAUUUCGUUAUCUUAUGUAAAGGGAAGAAAACAAUCAUAAGUUAUGUUUUAGCCAAGCAGACUGAGAGCAGCCAAAAACCGUAAAAACAUUAUAUUUGCAUACUGGUCAAUACAGCAACUUCCGUUUUCUACAAAAAUAAAUUACUCCGCGUCGCCUGCCGCGCUUUACGUCUGUCAGAAAAGUAUUGACAGUUUCUCCUAAAAACUGUACCUAAUGAACCAUUCUAUCUGAAAGAAAAAAUUUUAAAACUAUUUUAAGCAGCGGUACAAAUCGAAAUCCUCGCUGCUUGUCACGUUUAAAGUGAUGGAUUAUGUUACGUGUGAAAUCAUGCAGAACGACAUCGACGUGCGCCAGUUUCUCUCGUACAACAUUCGUAAAAACAUUUUCUGUAGGGUUUAGCUUAACUCUGACUCAACAAGCCAACACCAGUAUGUUAAAUUUUUCUUCCUGCUUAACUGAACACUGCAUCAGAAGCAAGAGUGCCCGGCCGGGCGACCGGGAACUUUUUUUCAGUCGCCCGAAGCUAAAUGUUAGUCGCCUCAGGCGACCGGGCGCCGUUACAGCACAGCCUUGAAUGACCACUAACUUAAACAUAGGAGCUAGAAAAUUUUCGUAAGGUGCAGACAAGUGAUAGAAGUUAAAAGUGGCUUUACCUAAACAGAUUAAGAACUCAACCUCUUUUCUUAUUGUUUUCUUGCAGGGUUUGGUUUUGUUUGCUACUCAUCACCUGAAGAGGCUACUAAAGCUGUUACAGAAAUGAAUGGCAGGAUUUUGGUGUCAAAACCAUUAUAUGUUGCAUUGGCUCAGCGUAAGGAGGAGCGCAAGGCUCAGUUGGCAGCUCAACACAUGCAGCGUAUCGCUGGCAUGAGAAUGCAGCAGGUACUUUAAUUAUUUAUUGGUACUUUCACAAAUGAAACUGCAGUGCCUGCUAUUGGAUGGUUACCACCAAGGCUGUGCUUUAAGAAAAUUUGACGGAACACCAAGGGCUCUGAACCUGUAAAAGCCAUGGUGCCCAGCAACUGGUUUCUGUGAAAUAACUAAGAUUUUCUAGUUGACCUGGGCCACUGGGCACUGCUAGAGCACUGCCUUGCUUACCACUAUCUUGGAUAAAAGGUUUUUCCAUAGUUAAAGAGAUAACGUCAUUGUACAAGCAGGGUGCUCAUAGCCUUGAAAAGUCCUUGAAUUUUAGGGUAAGUCCUUGAAAAUUCCUUGAAUUCCAUUUUUCCUUGAAAAGUCCUUCAGAUUCUGUGGAAGUCCUUGAAUUUUCUUCAACUUUGAAUGUAGCGGCCUGGAAAGUGUUUUUAGAUGCUUUUUGGUUGUCCAAGGCGGAAUAUAAAUCAUAGCUCAGAGAAGUUAAUGAGAAGUUAACAAGUUUAAGCUUUUUUUUAUUGUAUGCAAUAAUUAGCUAUCAAUUUAAGUCAAGUGAACUGAAAAAAGGAGGGAAGUUGGUUAAACAAACAGUUUCAAGCCUUAAAGUUCUGUUAAAAUGGACUGGGAAUGUGCAGUUUUGUACAAUCUGUGAAAUAACAUUCCUGGUAGGUGGUCGUUGAAAAGACCUUUAAAAAUGGUCGCAAUUUUUUGUGUGAAUACUGUGCAAGACGUCUCUAAAAUUGUGUUGUGUCCUAUACUGCCCUGCGGUUCCUGUGGUGCUUUGCUUGGUAUUGGCUGUCCACAGUUGGUAUUUGGGCAGACAUUUGUCCUGUGCAAUUAUGCAGUAGAUUGCUUCCCCGUAUAGCACUCUAUUAGUAUGGCUGCAGGAACAUUAAUUUUUGUGUAUUUAAGUUUUAAGACUGCAUUGCUUAUGCAUUGCAGCAUGGCUUACUAAAGGAAGGUGACUAUACUGAUCACCAUGUAUAAUGAUCAUCAAAGUACAUGCAUGUCUCAGAUGUCACAUGACUUUGAGGACUUUUUGAGGGCUUUCAUGUCUGAACAUGUAGAAGAGCAAGAUAAAAUGUCUCAUCAUUAUACUUUUUUAAAUAAUUUUUUUUGAAUGAGACAGUGCAAAAAUCAUGAAAGGUGUUGUUACAAAUUUAUCUUAGAUACUGACCAGAAUAUUGGGAGUGUGAGAAAGUCUUGUGCACAGUAAUAUUGUUAUGUAGAGUUAAUGAAGCGUGUUUGUAUCUCCUUAAUUUUAGGCAGCUGGGCAACAAGUUAAUCAAGUAUUCCCUCAAGCAGGAGCAUUUUAUAUGCAGCCAUUGGCCCAGGUAAAAUGAAAAAGUAAACUUUGGGUUUUAAAUUUCCUCACCUGUUGUAGGUAAAGUGGAACCUUGAUUUAACAAAGUGCCAAGGGACUGGGGAAAUGUGUUUGUCAUAUCGAAAACCUUGAUUUAACAAAUUUUGGGGAAAACAAGCAAAAUGUUUAUUGUAUCGAGGUAUAGUUAAUGAUUAAUUUUCAAUGCCCAGUAUUUCCGGAUAUGACAAUGUAAUAAACAUUUGUGUACGAAGUUGUUUUCUCAGUUCAGAGCUGUACAUAACUACAGCACUAGAAACACAGGAACAGGCCAACAAAACUGCCUAAAACUACUGUACACAUGAAUUUUAUCCUUAUUGGUCUGUUUCGCCUUCAUCUUAAGCUAUCUUUCCGUCACAUGUUGACAUUUAUUAAUUUUGCCAAAUAAUCCUUGUCAUUUGGUUUUAAGUAGAUAUGCCAUGAAACUUCACCUUUGGACUAUCUCAAGUCGAAUAGUGCUGUUUGAAAGUGUACUUAGUAUUUAAACCAGGGUCAAUAGUGGUUUUGUUGUGUUAAAAAGGCUUGUUUCUUGUCCUUCCUAGGCUAGCCAACGUCCAUUCUUUACACCCCAAAUGCAGCAGAUGCGUCCUCGUUGGCAGCCUAUGCAACAACAGCAGCAGAUGCGACCUUCUGGAAUGCAAAUGCCAGGCGGUGGGCAGGUUCCAAGAGCAAGAGGCAUCCGUCAGGUACCUCCCAGGGGAGUGCCUGGCCAGCAGCANUUAAAAAGGCUUGUUUCUUGUCCUUCCUAGGCUAGCCAACGUCCAUUCUUUACACCCCAAAUGCAGCAGAUGCGUCCUCGUUGGCAGCCUAUGCAACAACAGCAGCAGAUGCGACCUUCUGGAAUGCAAAUGCCAGGCGGUGGGCAGGUUCCAAGAGCAAGAGGCAUCCGUCAGGUACCUCCCAGGGGAGUGCCUGGCCAGCAGCAGCAGCCUGGGGCGGGAGGACCAGGCCAACGUGUUGGAGGUAUGGCUCAGGGACAACCAGUGCGUGGUCUUGGAGCAAUGCAAGGCCAGCCACCAAGGCCAGCGUACAAGUUUCAGCAGAAUGUCCGUAACCAACCACAGACACAUCCAGGAGCAGUGCCCAUGCAGAACCAAGAACGUGUUCAGCAGCCUAUUACCAUACCGGUAAGAACAGGAAGAAUGUUAUGCAGUUAAGCCAAAAUCAGCUUUUUAGGAACUGGGUCCUUAAUGGUAAGAGAGGAGAAAAAUAAUUAAGAAGAGCUGUAUUUGAAACAUGGCAAGGAACAUGUAAAGUACAGUAACAAAACACAAUUUAAGACGAUAAAAAUCACUUAAUGAAUUGCCAGGUCAUCAAAAGUAGCUGGAGGCUGGCAGAAAUCACCACCUACAUGCGCUUGGUGUUUUUGGCUGGCUGCUCUGUUGGACUGUUCCUCUGUUUCUUUAGUAAAAGUUGCCAAAAUUCACCACCUAUCCUUAAUAAUUAACACCUUCAGAAGCCUAUUUAAGGCUUCUAACACUUCUAAUGUUUUUCAAGUUUUGAUAAAGAUGGCUGACAGUCAUCGAAACUGUCAGCAUCAAUAAGACGUUAAUACUGGCUAUGUGUUAAGAACAUUUAAAUCGAUUCACCACCUAUGUCAACAUAAAGUCUGCAUACUUACAAACUUUCUGACAACCACCUGCUGGCAAUUUACUAGGUUAUAGAUCCUGAUUAGAUCUGAUUUCAGCAGGUCAACUUAUGAAGCUAACCGUGCAUUUUGGGGUCCUUCUUUUCCUUGUUUACUUUCUUGGCAAAAGAACUGAGUGAUAAAAUCUCGUAGGGAGAGUGUUUUGCGUUCCUUUGUUUGUUGUUUUUCCUAAACUGGAUAGCUGCAGAAGGAACCACAUUCUGAAGACCUCUGUUUGUCUUUCUAGGGACAAGAACCACUCGAUCCCAGUGUCCUUGCUGCAGCCACUCAUUCUGAGCAGAAACAAAUGCUAGGUGAGCGUCUGUUCCCCUUGAUCCAAUCCACCCACCCGCACCAGGCUGGCAAGAUCACUGGUAUGCUGUUGGAGAUUGACAAUGCUGAGCUGCUUCACAUGCUGGAGUCACGCGAGGCCUUGCAAGCCAAAACCGAGGAAGCUGUGUCUGUACUGAAGGCCCACAACGCUAAGGAGAAGGCAGACUCCAUGAAGAACUAACACGUGGCCUGUGUCACUCAAGGUUCACUUUUACCGGAUCAAGUCUUUUGCACAACCUUUCUGUUAAUUUGAACAUGGAUUUGACGAGUUAUUUCAGAAUGAUACAAAUAAAGUUGAUUUUUUCAUCAUUCUGUAAAAAAAAAAGUCGAUUUUUUAUUACUUGCGAAAAAAAAAACGUAUCGUAAACUAUAACCUCCCUCCCAGUAAUACGGCGGUAAUAGGCCCAUCCGCCUGCAAACAAAAAAAUAUUUGAUUAUUAGUCCCCCGAAACUAAUGUAUCGAAAUGAAUUUGAUUUUAUAUAAUGACGUUAAAGCUUGACCUAAACAACUAAGUACAAAACGUAUUUUAAUCAGCACUGCUAUAGCUUGUUUCGAAAACUCGGGGUUUAUAAGCGGCCGUUUACGGUAUUUGAAC